GAUAGUUACAAAGGGGUAGAGAAUAGUUUUGCUAAAUGUCAUUCUGACAUUUUGAUCGUCCCUCCAACCUCCAUCUUAUUUUUCGGCCUUGUUUGUUUAUGGCUUGAUUCGCUCUGCUCUAAUUGUGAAUUUGUGAAUUGUUUACCAACAUUUUGGAGAAAACCUUGAACUAUGGAUGAAUCAAUGGAAUCUCUGACUCAGCCAGAUCUGGUUUACCCACAAACCGCUCAGCCGAUGGAAACUGCUCCAGCAAGUAUGGCUCCAUCAUCAGGUCCUCAAGCCGGCAGACACGAAGAGUUCUCUGUAGAGAAGGUUCUGGAUCGUAGGAUGAAGAAUGGCAAAGUUGAAUAUUUACUCAAGUGGAAGGGUUAUUCUGAUGACGACAACACUUGGGAACCAGAGGACAACCUCGACUGUCCUGAACUCAUAUCUGCAUAUGAAGAAGCUCGUAUGAAGAGGGAGAAGGAAGCUGCCGCGGCUGCCUCUGCUGCUGCAGCCGCUGCUGCAGCUGCUGCAGCUGCCGCCACUGCCGCUGCUGCUCCUGACCCUAUAGAAGAGAACUUGGCUAGCCGUAAGAGGAGUAGGAGAGCAGAGAAGAAGAAAAAAAAUGAGGUAAUACAAGAGAUUGAGAAGCCACGUGGGUUAGCGCGCGGCCUAAUGCCUGAGAAGAUUCUAGCUGGUCAACUGUUUCAUGGAACUUUAUUCUUUUUGGUCAAAUGGCACAAUUGUACAGAUUUCGACGUGGUACCGGGCCAUGAUUUGGGUGAAGCCUACCCGGAGUUUGUCAUAAAUUACUACGAGGCGUGUGCGCCGUUUAGUGUCAGACAUAAAGUCGGCAAGAUUAUGAGAAUAGCACCAGAGUUGCCUUCAGGAGUUACAUCAACAGCAGAACCAAUGGAUGUGCCAGCAGAAUUAGCUGCUAUACCGACAGAGACAGCCCAAGAAACUACCCAAGGACUACCAACAGAUGAUGCGUCCCAGCCUUUAGAAGUUCCAGUCAACUGACCAUCGUUCUACAACGCUCGUAACAGCGACUACUAAGUGAGAAAGACUUACAAGUGAACUGUAGGACUUAAUAUAAUUUUAAAUAUAUCUACUGACAUGCAUAGUAUGUUUAAGUUAUGAAAAUAAUGAGUCAUAAUCGUAAUUUAAAGUUGUUUAGUUUAACCCGGAAGAUAGAUCUAUGCGAGACACGAUAUAUUUUCUAUGGUGUCUCAAAUACCGGCAAUCAUGAGGUUAAAUGUCCUGUAGGUCUACUCCGGUUCUCGAAUGCGAAGUUUCGUUUGAUUUGCGGCGGCAAACAACGUUUUCGGAACCAUAGACAA